CAGGUAGGGCUCUGUACCCUGGAAGACAUGGAGGUUCGAAGAUAUUGUCGCCACUGACACGUUUAUUUCACACAGACCCGAAUCGCGAUCUUUAGCCAGGACACCGACACCACACUGAGGAGAGAGAGCUAAAAACCCGAAAAUCCCAAGGCAGGAGAAGAUGAGAUAAGUGACCCCAUCGGACUGUCGGCUGAACCAUGGAGUCCAUGCUCAACAAGCUGAAGAGCACUGUCACCAAGGUGACCGCAGAUGUCACCAGUGCUGUCAUGGGCAACCCGGUGACCAGAGAGUUUGAAGUAGGACGGCACAUAGCCAGUGGUGGCCCUGGUCUUUCCUGGAGGAUCUACAACGGGACCAAGAAGUCCACCAAGCAGGAGGUGGCAGUCUUCGUUUUUGACAAGAAGAUUAUCGACAAGUACCAGAAGUUUGACAAGGACCAGAUUAUUGAUUCCCUCAAGAAAGGCGUUCAGCAGCUCACUCGCCUGCGACACCCGCGCCUGCUCACUGUGCAGCACCCCUUGGAGGAGUCACGGGACUGCCUGGCAUUCUGUACAGAGCCCGUGUUUGCCAGCCUUGCCAAUGUUCUGGGCCAGUGGGACAACCUGCCCAGCCCGGUGCCCACAGACAUCAAGGAGUACAAGCUGUAUGAUGUGGAGACCAAGUAUGGGCUCCUGCAGGUGUCCGAGGGGCUCUCCUUCCUGCACAGUGGGGUCAAGAUGGUGCACGGGAACCUAACCCCGGAGAAUAUCAUCCUUAACAAGAGCGGGGCCUGGAAGAUCAUGGGCUUCGAUUUCAGCAUCUCCUCUGGAAACCCGUCCGAGCAGGAGCCCAAGUACACGUGUAAGGAGUGGGACCCCAACCUCCCACCGCUGUGCCUGCCCAACCCGGAAUACCUGGCCCCCGAGUACAUCCUGUCUGUGAGCUGUGACUCUGCCUCAGACAUGUACUCUCUGGGUGUGGUCAUGCAUGCUGUCUUUAAUGAGGGAAAGCCCAUAUUCCAGGUCAACAAACAGGACAUCUUCAAGAGCUUCAGCAGGCAGCUGGACCAGCUAAGUCGCCUCAGCCCGGCAGCCCUGACCCAAAUCCCAGAAGAUGUGCGAGACCAUGUGAAGAUGCUCCUGAGUGUCACGCCCACUGUUCGGCCUGAUGCUGACCAAAUGACCAAGAUUCCAUUCUUCGAUGACAUGGGAGCAGUCACUCUGCAGUACUUUGACUCCCUGUUCCAAAGGGACAACCUGCAGAAGUCUCAGUUCUACAAAGGCCUUCCCAAGGUCUUGCCCAAGUUGCCUAAGCGUGUGGUUGUGUUCCGCAUCCUGCCUGCGCUGACCUCCGAGUUUGUGAACCCGGACAUGGUUCCGUUUGUGUUACCCAACGUGCUGCUGAUCGCUGAGGAGUGCACCAAAGACGAGUACCAGCGCCUCAUCCUACCCGAACUCAUACCCGUUUUCAAGCAGCAGGAGCCCGUCCAGGCCAGCAACAUGCUAAGCGACUCCUGUCUCCCCCGUCAGAUAUUGCUCAUCUUCCUACAAAAGAUGGACCUGCUACUAACAAAGACUCCAGCCGAAGACAUCAAGAACAGCGUGCUGCCUAUGGUCUACAGGGCCCUGGAGGCACCAUCCAUCCAGAUACAGGAACUGUGCCUAAACAUCAUUCCAACCUUUGCAAACCUUAUUGAUUACCCAUCAAUGAAGAAUUCACUGAUACCACGUGUCAAAACAGCCUGCCUACAAACCUCUUCCCUGGCGGUGCGAGUGAAUUCCCUGGUGUGUUUGGGGAAGAUCCUGGAGUAUCUUGACAAAUGGUUCGUCAUCGAUGAAAUCCUUCCUUUCCUGCAGCAGAUUCCAUCAAGGGAGCCGGCUGUACUCAUGGGAAUCCUGGGGAUCUACAAGUGCACCUUCACCCACAAGAAGCUGGGAAUUCCUAAAGAGCACCUGGCUGGGAAAAGUUUACCCCACCUGGUCUCCCUGAGCAUUGACAACAAUCUCAACCUCAACCAGUUUAACUCUUUCAUGGCUGUGAUCCGAGACAUGCUGAGUCGCAUGGAGGCAGAACACAAGACCAAACUAGAGCAGCUGCAUAUCAUGCAGGAGCAGCAGAGGAGUCUGAAUAUUUCCAACCAGCUGAACCAGUCGGAGGAGACCAAAAGCACCUCAAGCCCCGGCAAUGAGAUUGACAACAUUUUUGGAGGAAACAAUGAACUGAAUGGAAAGGAGAAUGGAUCUUCCAGUAUGGCCUCUCAACCAUCCAGAGUUUCUUUGACAAUGGAGGAAAAGCAGCGUUUAGCUCGAGAGCAGGAGCAGGCAGCCAAACUGAGAAGUCAGCAGCCCUUGGCACCUCAGACCGUGAAGCUGACCCCCAACACCACCACACAGACAAAGGACCUGACCAGCAGUCUAAUGACCAACAUGACAUCCCUGAGCAACCUGUCCCUGAGCUCAGGUCCCCGGCCAGGGCUUGGGCAGGGCGGGGCAGUGUCUGCUGGGUUUGCCUCAGGGCCCCUCAUGGGCAGUAUGGGAUCCAUGGGCACCGUGAGCAAUGGGUUCAACUCGGGAAUGAACCUGGCAUCAGCAGGCAUACGCCCAUCUGGGCCAGGGGUGUAUGGAGGAAUGGCUACCACUACCAGCACACCCAACUUCACCUCCCUCACUCAGAACCAGGGCCUGAGUCAACCGAACAAGGCCUCUGACAUGUCCACCUUAGACUCCCUGUUUGGUCCCCAAAAGCCCAAAGUCAGCCUGAAUCAAAUGGUAUCCAAGUCUGCCCCAGUGACUGGUCCUGUUGCACCCAGCCCCUGGGUCAACCAGUUUGGGGCACAACCAGCCCCCCAGGUCAACCCCAUGGCCAUGGCAGGGGCUUCAGGGGGCUUUGGCAUGCAGGCCAACCCCUUCUUCAGUCCACAGAACUUCUCCCAGUCCAUUACCACGCCCAUGGCCACACCAGCUGCGAACACAGGUGUACUCAGACAGAGUGCCUCUGUCAACAAUGACCUGAAGGACCUCUUUGGAUAGAAGCCCAGUAAAAUGACCUAGUCAUGGUCAAAGAGGGCAGGAGACCAAAAACAAAUCCUUAGGUGAAUGGGUCUGUGAUCUCAUUGACUGCUUUUUAAAACAGUUUGCUUUCAGUUUUUGUUUCCAGUCGGGCUAGGGGAUUUUGGUGUGUAUGUAUACACUCUGCAGCAAAAGUAUUGUGGUGUCUGGACUUUCUAACUAAGAGGUGGAGUUUGUCACACCAUCAAGCUUUCAAUGGGAUUGAGUGUGUACACCCAGACAAUCCACAAUUGGAAGAAACAAUGGAAUGGUAGGGUGGUGUGUGUGUGUGUGUGUGUGUGUGUGUGUGUGUGUGUUUCUGAGGGAAUGAGAAGAGUGAUGGACUGUUUGCUGUCAAGUAAUAUGCAUUGCCCUUGGCAGACGAAGUAGACUGUAUUUAUUGUAUUUUGAAAAGUUGAACGACAGUUUGUGAUGGAGAAUGUAUUUUCCUACGUUGAUCUUAUCUUUGUAGACCUCAUCUUUGUGCACUCUUCUGUAUUGCCGCACACUUCGCUGUCUGGAUGGUAGCUUCGUCUGUGUGUCGUAAUAUAAGCCUUAACCGUAGCUAUGUUUGUUUUUAACCUCUAUGCGUCAGUCAUUUGUGCACUAAUCUGUCACUUAUGUCUUUCCUCCGUCACGCGUCUUAACUGGACAGGAAUUUUUGUUUUAAAAAAUUAUAAUAAAACUACAAAUUCAGAUGUGUGUGUGAUUUUAAAAGAUUAAACUGUCCAGUCAACAUACUGUAACUACAAAAGGGUAUAGAGGUAAUCAUUUAGUUGAUCAUAAAAUAAUUUGUGUAUAAUAAUCACAUCCAAAAAAAGUAAGAUGCAUAUGGGCCUCCAGAGCGAAGCCUUUAUAGUAUGGGACCCUUGUUUUGUAAAACUUGCCAUUUAUACUGAGUGAAAGGCCUUAAGAGAUGAUUGCAAUAAUUCACUGGGAUCAGAGAAGCCUGCUGUGCUCUUGUUUGCUGCUCUUUGUUUUCUGCUCUAUUUUUUUUUCUCGGUUAUUUGGUUUGUGGUGGUUAUUUGCUGGAUCGUGAGAUUAAUCUCCCACACAAGAUCUGUGUUUUUUCAACGAGACUUAUCCAAAUGGUGCUGUCCCAGGUGAUUCUCACCAGUAGGGGGCAGUUUGUCCCCUCGACUGCAGUGUCUGUUCCUUCUGGUGCCGAGUAUGGGGCCAGGCGGUACCCCUUUGAGACCUAUCUGGGUGGAGAUCCUCCUGUUCUCUUCUCUUCGGCACUUCGGGGGUGGCCGUAUUAACCGGAUUUCUAAGGUGGGAAAAACAGAGGAGGCAAGGGAACCUUUGAGCCCUCCGAGCCCAUGGGGCCUGCGGUUCUUUUCCUGUCAUGUGACACAGCUGCAUUUCCUGUCACGUGGCACGGCUGAUGUGCAUUUGAACAUAGAAAACGAAAACCCUAUUCUUGUACCAGAGUUCUGAGCCUUUGUACAUUAGAUGAUAAUGUACAGCGUGGCAUCCUUGUGAUUUGUAUCGUGUUGUCAGAAAGAUUGCUCACUCGUAAAAUAUGUAAAUAUAUA